AUGAACGAUUACACGGCCAGAACAUGGUUUCAACUGAAACGCAGUGAUCCUCGUGAUGGUCCUUUAUGGAAUAGAGCGCGUAUUUUGUGCGCAUUCAAAAAAGGAGCUAUAACAUGUUUAUAUCUCUUCCAACGUCACAUAGAAAAAUUAGAGCAAGAAAAUCCUCGAGCUUCUUCCCAACGAUCUCUUUGGUGUAAUAAAGUUCAUGAUAAUAUUCGCAUCUUGUUGGAUCGCAUCGUUACUCGAUGGAACCCUCACUAUUUACUUCAAACAUUUGGAACAAACUCUGCUUUGCACCAUAGUCUAACGCCCGAGCGUUUAUUGACUGUACCAUCAAUAUUCGGUGAUCCACAAGCUGAAUCCGACUUUGAUGUGGAACAUGCGCAAGAGCGGUAUGAGCAGUGUUUCAUACCACUUCUUUAUCACGAAUUAUGGGAAAACAUCAAACAUGAUGCAAAAUCAGUAGUCUCCAACAAUUUCUCUAACACUAAUGAGAAUAUCACAAUUGAAAUUAAGAAAAAUGAACCACAGUUUACACAGCCAGUGCAUCCGUCUGAAUCUUCAAUACCGACCACUCUGAUGUUUGGAUCUUACUCAUUCGAUAUUGAUCUCUCUUUUACUCGAACAUUUCCUAAACUUGGUUUAGGUGAUAUUAUACUCAUUAGCAUUAAUCCUCAAGGUCAAAUCCAACGUUUUUUUGCUGUUGUUGUUCACGUAAGUGAUCGUUGGCCAGCGAAUAUGGAUACAAAUUCAGUCACCACUGAUCUAGUAGAAGGGAAGAACAAUAUAAAUAUCAUCAACGUAAAGUCUAAAAUAGUCUUGUAUACCUCGAAAAAAUGUUCAGAUGUAAUUGCAAAGCAUUGUACAUCUGUUCAAUCGAACACAAUUCCUGUCACUAAGUUGGGCAAUUUUACAUCAUCUCGAAGACAUAUUAGUGCCGUUUAUAAUUUACGUACGUUUUCGAAACAAAGUAAUUUACUGCUAAAAGUAGAUGAUGAUCCCUAUUUUCAUGGAAAAAAUAUUCCAAAUGAUAUCAUAGAAUCAGAAAUAGCUGGAAACUUUAACAAUAAUCAAAGAAAUGUAAUUAGAUGUGCAGAUAGAAUCUUCAAUGACAACAACAAUGAUCAUUUACAUCUCGUUCAUGGUCCUCCUGGUACUGGAAAAAGUAAGACAAUUGCCGGUAUUGUUACAACACUGUUGCCACAACUGAAAAAAAACAGAAAAAUUCUAAUCUGUGCACCAUCAAACAAUGCCUGUGAUGAGCUAUUUAAGCGAAUUUUGAAUGAACUGAGACUCGAAAAUGAAACAGGAACACUGGUACGCGUCGGUCGUGAAGCACCUCUUAAUCAUGAUGUCUGCAAACAUUAUCUCGAAUCGCAGAUUAUGCAACAACUUGUUCGAAUGAUGCAAAAUCAAGUACCAAUAAUACGAGAAACAGUCGGUUCUGUCAAGGAAGGUAUUCUAACAAAAGCCAAAGUGAUCAUUUCAACAUUAAACUAUUCAGCUAAUAGUACGCUUUUAUUGAUGAAACAUCGAGAAGAUGUUGAUUUUGUGAUCAUCGAUGAAGCUUGUCAAAGUCUCGAACCGGACUGUCUUUUACCAUUUUAUUUCGGUUGUGCAAAGAUUAUACUUGUUGGCGAUCCUCAACAACUACCUCCAUGUGUGCUCAGUCCUGCUGGUCAAGAACAUAAUCUUUCGCAAUCACUUUAUGAUAGACUAAAUGAUAUAAUUCCUUCAAAAAACAUCAGCAUGCUUACUGAACAGUAUCGUAUGCAUGAAGAAAUAUGUCAUUUUCCAAAUCACCACUUCUAUGAUGGUCAACUUAUUACACACGAGAGUGUAAUGAAUUACUGGGCUGAUUAUCCAUUAAAACCCUAUUAUUUAUACAAUCUAACUUAUACCACCCAUCAAUGUCCACCUAAUGGCGGAUCAUCCGACAAUAAAGAAGAACGGAUCUUUAUUAAAAAAUUCUGCAUCAAAUUACUUGAGCAGCUUGUUGAUCGGCAACCUUACCUUCCAAAUGACCCGGAAUUCAUUGAAAUGGAAAAACGUAUUGUCGUUAUUACACCAUACAAGGGUCAGAUGAAAAAAUUCCGUAAGCAGUCACUUCAAUUUCCACGUCAUAUAGAAGUACUGACUGUGGAUAGUGCACAAGGAAAGGAAAAGGAUAUCGUUCUCAUCUCAUGUGUUAGAAGUGGUGAAGGUAAAACAAUCGGAUUUUUAAAUGACAAACGUCGCUUAAACGUCAUGUUAACAAGGGCAAGACGUGCUCUAUAUAUCUUUGGUAAUUUAAACUGGUUAGCAGAACAAGAUUCUCAUUGGAAUGCAUUGUUUGAUGAUGCUUCAGAUCGACAAUUCAUCGAUACUGUGCCCAGCAGCGAUCACCAGAUUAAUUUACCUCUCAGAGACGAUUGA